CGAGGAAACGCGGUGAUUUCGAUUCAUUUUGGUUGAUUUGUUUGUGCUGUGCGGACGUUUUUCAAAGCUAUAUUAUUAUUAUUUUUCGAGUUUCAUUGGAGAAAACUUAUCAGCAAAAAUGUCGUCGAGUGCAUCUUUACGUAGUUAUAAAAACACCGGGAAAACGAUGGAUCAUCUGAAAAAUAAGCGAAGAGAAGGGGCGGUCCAAAUUCGAAAACAUCAUCGCGCUGAACAACUUCUGAAGCGUCGAAAUAUCGUUCUGGAAGACUUGAACACAAGCCCACUGAAAGAGAUCAACAGUGAAUAUUCUACAUCGACCGGAAUAUCCAUGAAUUUUGAGGAAAUUGUGCAAGGCAUUUUCUGUGAUUCUGACAAAGAGAAACAGUUUCUUUGCACCCAAAAUGCCAGAAAAAUUUUGUCUCGUGAGCGGCAUCCACCUAUUAACAAAAUGAUAGAAGCUAACAUUAUUCCGAAGCUUGUAACAUUCCUGAAAUGGGAUGACAAUCCACAGAUGCAAUUUGAAGCUGCCUGGGCCCUGACAAACAUUGCAUCGGGAAAUAGUGAGCAAACUUGUGCUGUAGUCCAUGGAGGUGCCGUCCCAAACCUCAUUGAAAUGCUUUCUCAUUCUGCCAUGAAUGUCGUUGAACAAGCAGUUUGGGCGCUUGGCAAUAUCGCUGGUGACGGAGCGCCGAUGCGUGACUAUCUUCUUGAUAAAGGAAUUGUAAAACCACUCAUCGCUCUCGUGAAAGACGAUGCACAAGUUUCCUUUUUACAAAAUCUCACGUGGACGAUUUCAAAUCUUUGUCGAAACAAAAAUCCACACACUUCACUUCCGUAUGUCGUUCAACUUCUACCGACGAUCGUCAAGCUUGUUAAUUGCGUCGAUAAGCAAGUUCGAACAGACGCUUGCUGGGCACUCAGCUACAUCACGGACGGACCAAACGAACGAAUCGAACUCGUCAUUAAGACCGGCGUUGUCGAGACACUCGUGCAUAUCCUAUCAAGUAUUCAAGAUGUUCUUGUCAUCACACCAGUCCUGCGAACCCUCGGAAACAUCGUCACAGGCACUGACCAACAAACCCAACUUGUUAUAGACUUGGGAGUGCUUCGAGUCUUUUCACAGCUUUUGCACCACGAAAAGCAGACAAUACAGAAGGAGGCUGCUUGGACAUUGAGCAACAUCACAGCUGGUACUCAAAUCCAAAUUCAAGCAGUGAUUGACGCAAACGUUAUGCCACGAAUCGUUGAGUUGCUCUCACACGGUGAUUACAAAACUCAAAAAGAAGCUUGCUGGACCGUCACAAACUUUACGUCUGGUGCGUCCUUGGAACAACUUUACUAUUUGAUGAAUCUUGGAGCCGUUCCAGGUCUCUGCGGAAUGCUGGCUUCCAAAGAGACAAAAAUACUCCACGUUUGUCUCGACGGAAUUUCGAAUCUGCUCAUAACCGCUGAAAAAAUGAACAAACGAGAUGAGCUUUGUGACGUUAUCGAAGAGUGCGAAGGCAUCGACAAGAUCGAAAAAUUACAACAGCAUGAGAACGAAACCGUCUACUCGAUGGCGUUACAUAUCAUUGACCGAUUCUUCGCCGAAGAAGACCAGGAGCAUGAAGAACUCGCACCAGGAGCGGUGAACGGUGAAUUCCAGUUUACAGCACAACCAGCUACUACUCAGUACACUUUAUAAAAGCAGACUUUCUGAAAUUUUUUUGAUGAGUGAUAAAAUGACUUUUUGCUGUUGAUACAAACCUGAAUUUGACAAUUUGACCCAGGAAGUGAUACAGGAUGUAAUAUUACAAUUCCGACACUUUGAUCAUUGAUCAUUUUUGAGUCUCCCAGUGUAAAAACCUUCAUUUCUGAAAAUUAUAAAAUUCAGCAACCAAUCAAAUCGCUGCUCAAACUUUUCUGCAUUUACUAAUUCAAACUCCUCUAUGUGUGACAAGAAUUACUGUGUGUUAGUUCAAAAAUUCUUUAACCAGGGUUGUAAUUUCUAAUUGUACUAUUAGCAGUUGAGUAUUGGACUAUCUGUCAUCACCCUUUUCAUUCUUAUUAACAUUCUAGAUCUUGAUGUAUAUAAACUAUCAGAUUUAGCAUUUUUCUGCCAUUCCCUGUUGGAACUUUUUCCUUGCUUAUCAGACUAUUAAAACAGGCUUUUGCCAAGUCUUUCUUUCAUUGAUAAAAAUUAAUCAACUUUAUUUCAAUAUGAAAAUGAGUCGUAAUGAUUUAAUAUCUCUGUUAAAGCUUAGAAACAAAUUAUGUGCCCGUUAUUCUCAUCCAACUUAUGAAAUUUUAAUUUUUUAUUCUGCAUGUCAGCUUUUGGCAAGUUUAUUUGGCAUUUUUUAAAAUAACUUCAUUCUUCUUUUUUCUGUAUGAGAAUACCAAAGUCAUAACCAACCAGAUAUGCAAGUAAUCGAUCUGUUAAAGCUUCCCAAGAUUUUGUGCUAAUAAUGCCUUUCUAGCUGAUAAAAUUAAACUAACAAUGCAUGUUUUUGUCCUAUACC